GAUUAAAUUGUCAAUUCUGACUAUCUCUCUUGCUCUUAUUGUAUGGGGGUGCAUGUCACAAGCACCGGUACAAAAACGGGUGGUUUGUCAAAUUUUUUAAUUGCAUUAAUCAAAAUUAAAUAAACAGACACAAUUUAAACAAACAGCAAAUCAUUCAUCUUUUUUUCACUUGUGACAAUUUGUGAUAUGUGUUCGAUUUAUAUCUAUGGGCGUGGACAGAUUUCCUGGAGUGACUGUUCUAGUGUAAUUAUCCCAAAAUAGGGCUUAAAGACUCCUCUUCUCCUACCAAUUAACAAUUAAGUUCAUUUAAUCGCAUCACCAUGGAUAGUCAAGGCAAAAAAGUCAUUGUUUGUGACAAUGGAACUGGGUUUGUCAAGUGUGGAUACGCAGGGAGCAAUUUCCCGGCCCAUAUUUUCCCUUCAAUGGUCGGCAGGCCCAUCAUACGGGCUGUAAAUAAAAUCGGAGAUAUUGAGGUUAAGGGAGUUGCAAGUACUCUUCCUGACUUGAUGGUUGGAGAUGAAGCUUCCGCUUUGCGAUCGCUUCUCGAGGUGAAUUACCCGAUGGAAAAUGGGGUUGUGCGCAACUGGGAGGAUAUGUGCCACGUGUGGGACUACACUUUUGGCCCCCGAAAAAUGAAUUUGGACCCAACUGAUGCUAAAAUUCUCCUGACUGAACCCCCAAUGAACCCCACGAAAAAUCGGGAAAAAAUGAUCGAAGUCAUGUUCGAAAAGUACGGUUUUGCGGGGGCUUAUAUUGCUGUCCAAGCCGUACUCACUUUAUACGCUCAGGGACUUCUGUCGGGUGUUGUUGUCGAUUCUGGUGACGGAGUGACACACAUUUGCCCCGUUUAUGAAGAGUUUGCUUUGCCGCAUUUAACCCGACGUCUGGAUAUAGCAGGCCGUGAUAUCACCCGCUAUCUUAUUAAAUUAUUACUACUGAGAGGUUACGCAUUUAAUCAUUCGGCUGAUUUUGAAACCGUGCGAAUUAUGAAGGAAAAAUUAUGUUACAUUGGUUACGAUAUAGAAACAGAACAGCGGUUGGCUCUGGAAACUACUGUUUUGGUUGAGCCUUAUAUUUUGCCAGAUGGCCGUGUGAUCAAAGUUGGCGGGGAACGGUUUGAGGCCCCUGAAGCAUUAUUUCAACCGCAUUUAAUCAACGUUGAGGGACAAGGCAUCGCUGAGCUUGUUUUUAAUACAAUACAGGCGGCUGAUAUUGACAUGAGGCCCGAAUUGUACAAACAUAUAGUACUCUCAGGUGGUUCCACUAUGUAUCCAGGGCUCCCUUCACGACUUGAACGUGAAAUAAAGCAAUUGUAUCUAGAACGCGUACUUAAAAAUGACAUAGAGAAAUUAAAUAAGUUUAAAAUACGAAUUGAGGAUCCGCCGAGACGUAAAGACAUGGUUUUUAUCGGUGGAGCAGUUUUAGCCGAAGUUAUGAAGGAUCGGGAUGCGUUUUGGAUGUCGAAGCAAGAGUAUGAGGAGCAAGGCUUGAAGGUUUUGAAAAAACUGGGGCCGAGGUCGGCGUAAGCAAUUUUAAAUAAUAUACGUGUUUUUAUUUUCAUAUUUAAUUCAUUCAGUGUAUAUUUAAAGGCAAGUUGAAUAAAUCAUUUUUAAACA